AUGCCAACAGCGGACACAAGACUUGCCGUUUGGCUGCCAGAAAAGAUCACUUGUUCAUCAAUGACCAUGGAGGAAGCUUUCAAACAAGAUUCGGAAGGUUUAGAAUCAAGUGCUCGCGACCUUGUUGGCGGAAUCCACGAAAACCACGACGAAUUCGCGGUCGACGAUACUAACGGUCAAGAUGAACCGCAAACGGUGGUAGACAAGAAACAAGAUUCUACCGUCAAGGCCCCAAAAGGCGCUCAUUUCCCUGAGGGACCGGCUCUCGAUUCUCUUCGUCCUGAGUUCUCUCAUACCGAUACAAAUCUUUCCGAAGACUUAUCCAAACCAGACCCAAACUCAAGGACCGCAGAAGAUGAGCAGGCGAUAACAAGCAACGAGGACGUUGAGAAUGAAGAAACUAAAGAUCGGGAACUCGAAAUAACUACGCAAGAACUUAAAAGCAGUGCUUCAAAAUCAAUGGAGAAUAGUGCAACUUCGUUCAACCGAGAAGAACUAGAACCAGAAGUAGAGCAGGACCAAGAAGGGAAAGAGGAGCAGGAAGAAGAAAUGAUCGAAGGACCGGAAGAGGAACAGAGACAAGAGCCGAAAGAGGAACAUGUAGAAGAACCGCAAGAAGAACAGGUUGAAGAACAGGAAGCAGAACCGAAAGUGAAUCAAGAGUACAUUGAAGGGCACCUUGAAGAUCACAAAAAAACACAUGAAGAGAAUAGUGCUGACGUAGAUGAGAACGACCAAUCAAGCGAACAACCGCUACCGUUCGAAAGGGAUGAUGAACGGAAAGAUGAGACAUAUGUCGAAUCCUCGAUCGAGCCAGGUGUCAAAAACAGCGUUAAAGUGGCAACAAAGAAGCCUAUGGAAAGUACAGAUUAUGCACAAGAAGGAAAAGUGGAAUCUGCAAAUGCAGACUAUGGCCAAGAAGACCAUCACUUAAACCCCGGCACGGAACAUCCCCUCUCAAGUUCAGCCGUCAAAGUUGAAAGUUCACAUGGGCUCCAGCAUAGCAUCACAACAGAAAUAACUGGUAAAGCAUCGACCGCAAAGCCUGCAGAUCUGGCCACACCACAAUCUCAUGAUAUUGUCAUACCGUCGUAUGCGCGCUGGUUCCAUCUACAAAAAAUUCAUUCCGUUGAAAAGCAAUCUUUACCAGAGUUUUUCACAAACCGGAUUCCAUCCAAAACGCCUCAAGUCUACGUCAAGUACCGUAAUUUUAUGGUCAAUUCUUACCGCUUGAAUCCUAAUGAGUUUCUCACAAUGACUGCAGCGAGGCGGAGUUUAUGCGGUGACGCUGGCGCCAUCCUUAGAAUCCACAAAUUUCUUACUAAAUGGGGUUUAAUCAACUAUCAAGUCGAUGCCAAGAUCAAGCCCAAGCAAGUGGAACCACCUUUCACCGGAGAUUUCACGACAAAGCAUGACGCUCCUCGUGGGCUUUUCCCAUUUGAAAGUUAUAAGCCUGCUAUACAAAUUCCAGACCUUUCACGUCUAAAGAAACUCAUGCAUCAGAUAGAUCCAAGCCCUGGGGUAAUGCAUUCGGAAGAAACAAAACCAAGUGAAACCAAUUCACAAAUCGGGGAUGACAAGAAGAGGAAGCUGGAAGGUAGUUCUGAGCCAUUGGGCCCCAAAGUAAAGCUUCAAAGGCCUAACAUUUUGGAAACCGCGGAUAAAGACUGGUCGAAAGAGGAUCUUGAAAAACUUUUGCAGGGGUUGCAAAAACAUAAAAGUGAUUGGCAAAGAGUUGCCCACUUCGUUGGUAAUAAAACUGCAGAACAAUGCAUACUGAGGUUUCUGCAACUACCCAUCGAAGACCCAUUUUUACAAUCCAACAUUAGCGAUGAACUGGGUCCUUUGAAAUAUGCACCACAUUUACCUUUUUCAAAAGCUGACAAUCCCGUCAUGUCCACUAUAGCAUUUUUGGUGGGCUUGGUAGAUCCAAAUAUGGUGAAAAAGAUGACUGAUCGAGCAAUAGAUUCGAUAAAACCAGACAGCGAGAAAGAGACAAGCCCCGAGGCCGGCAGCUACAUCAAAGAAGGCAGUGAGCUUGCUCUAGCAACACUCGGUGCCAGAUCACACGUUUUUGCUACUAACGAAGAAAGACAUAUGAACGCACUGGCGAACGAGAUGAUUCAACUUCAAUUAAAAAAGGUUGGUUUAAAACUUCAAGUGCUGGCAACAAUGGAAAAAUCAUUGGAGAUGGAGAAAAAGGCUAUCCAAAAGCAACAAGAGGACACUUUCAUACAAAGGCUAUCGUUGGCAAAGCACUCAAACGCUAUUAAUGCCAAACUGCAACAGUGCCUUGACGAUUUCGAUGACAAAAUGAAGCUGCAAGCACAUUUCAACGACCUCAAAGAGCUACAAACGGAACCCGCUAGGACAAGCCUCGGGAAAGGCAUGUCUUCAACGCCCGUUUCGGAUGGCACGCCGCACAGUCAGGGGCGAAAGUCUGACGAUGACUUAACGAAAGACCCGUUUGUUAAACCCGUGUCCGUCGAUGCCCCUCAGGCGUACCGGUAUUGGUCCGGUUAG